AGGCGGAAGUGGAGGCCGGAGCCUGGGACACCGCCGGGGGGAGAGGAGCGGAGCCUGUCCGAGCCCCGGCCCCAAGUAACGCCGCCGCCCCGGAGCCGCCUUGGAGGUCCCCCGUCCUCACUAAGUGCCUCUUCGCGCAGCACCGGCCCCCGCCCCACGCUCACUGGUACCACUACAGCAGGACGGGCCAUGGCGGGUCGGGGAGGUGCAGCGCGACCCAACGGACCAGCCGCUGGGAACAAGAUCUGUCAGUUUAAGCUGGUCCUGCUCGGGGAGUCUGCAGUGGGCAAAUCCAGCCUCGUGCUCCGCUUUGUCAAGGGACAGUUCCAUGAGUACCAGGAGAGCACCAUUGGAGCGGCCUUCCUCACACAGACGGUCUGUUUGGACGACACAACAGUCAAAUUUGAGAUCUGGGACACAGCUGGACAGGAGCGGUAUCACAGCCUGGCCCCCAUGUACUAUCGGGGGGCCCAAGCUGCCAUCGUGGUCUAUGACAUCACCAACACAGAUACAUUUGCACGGGCCAAGAACUGGGUGAAGGAGCUACAGAGGCAGGCUAGCCCCAACAUCGUCAUCGCACUUGCAGGGAACAAGGCGGACCUGGCCAGCAAGAGAGCCGUGGAGUUCCAGGAAGCACAAGCCUAUGCGGAAGACAACAGUCUGCUGUUCAUGGAGACAUCAGCAAAGACUGCGAUGAACGUGAAUGAAAUUUUCAUGGCAAUAGCUAAGAAGCUUCCCAAGAACGAGCCCCAGAAUGCAGCUGGUGCUCCAGGCCGGAACCGAGGCGUGGACCUCCAGGAGAACAACCCAGCCAGCCGGAGCCAGUGCUGCAGCAACUGAGCCCCCCUUGCCUGCCCGCCGCCCCCACCUCCUCCGCCUGACCGACCCGACUGGAAUCCACUCUAACCAAUCGCACUUAACGACUCGGGCUACCACUGGGGGGGCAGGGGGAGGGGUCCGCCAUGAUUUCUCCAUAGAAUUUUGAUCAUAGGCCGGAGUGAGUUAUUCCACCUGCACCUUUCUGUACAAAUACUAAUUCAAUUUUAAGUCUUAAGUCACUUUUUUAAUAUAUAUGAUCUUCUGCUCUUCCCACUUCCAGCCCUUUCUACUGCUCUCCCACUCUUCCUCUGCUGGUAGUAGCCACGUGCCCCUGUUCCCCCCCACCCUUGUAUGUGGGGAGGCGGGGGUUGGAGCAGUUACCCUUCUUUCCCUCUUGCUGAUUAGCAGACUCAGCAAGAGCAUCCAUAUCCUUACUGUGUUUGGAGUGGGUUUGGUUCUGGGUGGUGGCCCUAAGGGUCGAGGGAAGGGAGAAGCAGCUCUUCCCUCAGCUGGCUGUCAUCAGGCUGCAGCCCCCCCCCCCCCCACCCCCUGACGCACAGCUGGGAGAGA